GGGCACUUGAAGGCAUCAUCGGUACUGCAGCCGCCAAGCAACGGUGCCGCUGUCUGACGAUGGUAGACCUGAAAGACGGAUGGUUAGGGCUGUCCGUCCUCGUCUAACCUGAACAUGCAAGUGUAACUUGCUUCAUGCCCGUAUAUAGUGCUAAUACAGGUUACACGUCUAUUUAGCCUUAGCUAGUCACAGACUGUUAUUUUUAUCAUGGAGGACGACUGUGUUUGUGAGUACGACUCGACCUGGGACACGGAGAGUGAUGGAGACGACCCGGCCGGAGAGAGCCAAACCCGUCGGUCAUGUCAAGACAAAAACAAAUCUGCCUGGACUUUAGUAACUUGGCAUCAUACGCCCAGAAACAUGAGAGCAGCAAAGGACAUGCAGAACUACAGAAGAGGAUAUCCAAAUCUAACAGAUGACGAGUGCUCAGAAGACAAAAUGAACAAUUUGCAGUUUUAUCUCAAUAAAUUCCCCUCUGCUCCUGAUGACGUCUACAUUGAAUCAUUUCUUAAGGAAUGGAAAAAUGACAACAAAAGACUUGAGAGAGUUCACUCGUACAUUCAGUGGCUGUUUCCACUUCGAGAGCCGGGUGUUAAUUACAUGGCUUCAGAACUCACCAAGAAGGAAAUAGAGGAAUUCAAGAAGAAUGAGGAAGCCAAAAAGAGACUAGUCGAGUCCUAUGAACUCAUGUUGGGCUUCUACGGCAUGCGUUUGGUCAGCAAUAAGACGGGUGAAGUGAAGCGAGCAGACAAUUGGAAGGAUCGAUUUGGAAACCUGGAACGGAAUAUGCACAACAACCUGCGCAUUACUCGCAUCCUGAAGAGCCUCGGAGAGCUAGGCUUUGAGCACUACCAGGCCCCACUCGUGCGCUUCUUUCUGGAAGAGACUCUAGUCAAGAAGACCCUCAGCAGUGUUAAACGCAGCGUGCUUGACUACUUCCUGUUUGCGGUCCUGGACAAGCAGAAACGUCAAGAGCUUGUGCGCUUUGCCUACCUUCACUUCGAGCCAAAGGAUAAGUUUGUGUGGUGUCCCAGAAAGAUUCAGAAACAAUUCAGGAAGGCAGAGAAAAGAUCUGAAGCUGUUGGGAACGGAGAUGAGUCGUAUUCACGGAGUAAAAGCAAAGAUGGAGAAGCAGUUGUGCAACAAAAAGAGGAUGGACUGGAUAAUGUUUCAAAGGCUCAGAAAGGAACUGAUAAAACGACAAGUAAAGACAAAAACAAACCGUCUGAGGCAAAACCAGAAGAAGAGACUGUCGGAAAUGGAAACGCAGAGGCUGAGUCUAAUAAUGACAUUUUGGGGAAUGGAAAUGGCUCUACAGAUGUUGAUGAUGAAAUGGAUCAGUCGGUCAGUCCUGACUCUGUGACGACAAAAGCGGAGCCCUGUGCCGACAGUGAGGACACAUUUACCAACGACUCGAAGGACACCAUCCAGGAACCGGACAACAAUAUGCAAACGGAUGGGGACGUAGACACGGAAAACCCCCCGAAGAAGAAGAGAGAAGAUAACAAGGUGCUGCCAAGCAACGACUCUGCGGCGGACUCCGCCAGCGGGCAGAUGGAGGAGAAAGCUGGUGCUAAUAAAGCCACCGGUCAAACGAGCCCCUCAGCGCAGACCCCGUCUAAGACUUCAAAACAUUCACCCUCUCUUUCUUCUGGAAGAGAGGAAAAAAUCCCAAGGACUGAUUUUAAUCAAGUGCCAGAUAAAAAGGAAGAGGAAGAAACGUUGCAGACAAAUGUGUCGGCAACAAAUGGGUCAGUGACGAGCACCGACGAAGGUGUAGCCGAACAGACAAAUGGGAAGGAGUCAGAGGAUAUUGAUAUGGAAUCCAACCCUUCAAGCUCGUACCAAAGUGUAGGGAGUUCAUGAAUAUAAACUGGAUAAGAAAAUAAUUAAUUUGAGCUUAAAUCAGAUGUGAUAUAGGGACAGAGUAUGACCUAAAGAGACUUCCUAGGCCUUAUUUCUACUAUAUUUGAUGUUUUAGAUAUUGAUUAUUUUCACUUUGAAGGAGUAUAUGAAUUAAUUUGCUAAAUGUGGGACUGGAUGAGACUCAGUUUCCACAUGGCCAUCCGACAAUAUUUAGGAGAAGGCUGGUGAUAUUCUAUAUUUUUGUUAUUGCCAACAAGUCCCAAGAAAAGAUCAAAAUCAACUGUAGACUCGAAGCACCGCAGACGGUAAACAUGAUGCAUUAUUAGCCCGCUAGUGGUGGCGCCAUCCCGGCUGCUCUGUCGUCUUACAGGUCGCAACCGUCUGUCGAGAGUCUCCCUAAAACCAACAGUUCGUCCAUCUUACAAUACUUUGACUUCUCUACCCCGUCUGUCCUCUCAGCACCAACCACACUGGUUCUUAUUGAAGACACGAAUCCUUAAUCGACUGGUUUUUUUUUGUUUGUAAAGGCUAAAUAAUCGCACGGCAGGUAACUAGUUUUUGUCAAAUGUUACUCAAACGGGAGUGAAUAGUGUUUUUGUUGGAUUGUUUUGUGUGUAUUUACAGCAGCAGGACAGUGCAUGAGAGAAUUACGUGUCCGUGUUUAUUGUAAUGAAGGAACAGUGGCUCAUUGAUGUAUAUAAUAGUUUUUGGAAACAAUAGCAUAAUGUGUUAGAGGAGUAAGCUACUGGAUACACAGACAAGACUUGUUUAUUUUUGAUCAUGGGAUUUGUCAACAAUAACAAAUAUAGAACAUUACCAGGAUUAUCCUUUUAGGUAGUAAUGACAGGCUGAUAUUUAUUAUCUCUACAGAAUACAUAAAGCACUAUUAUUAAUGUAUAUCAAUGAAAAGAUGGUGUCAGCAUUUUUAACACCAUAAUACUUUCACAAUUGAACUAUUUUUUUUGCACUUAAACUAUUAAUUGGAGGAGCUUUUUUUUUCUCUUUGGGCUAUUUUUGUGAGUAAAAUUAAUCUGUACUGGUUUGUGUUUCUGCUGGACCCUGCUGUUUUUAAGAUUUAAGACUGAAUGUCACUUAAGUUAUAUUUCAUUAAUGUUGCACACUCUGUAUGUUGUCAUGCAGAUUUGGGAAGUAGACUUUGUGUACAACUGAAAGCCUUGCCAAAAAAAAAUGUGAUAAGACUGGUUGAUUGUACAAAAUGUAUGUUUCUCGGAAGAACUGAUAAAGCUUUGGCUAUAAUUUAAAGUCCACUGUAUGUUAAUCUGACAUGAGUGAAGUCCAUGAAAAUUAACAAGCCAGGGUGAAUAGAUAUAUUGAUGCAUCUUUUUAUAUUUGCACUUAAUUUUCACUUGGUUAUUGAAGUUAUAUUUACUUAAUGAAAUAGUACAAAAGUGCUGAGUUGUUUAUAUAGGACUUGUUCCCCCCAACUAAAUACCUGGAUGUUGACGAAGCAGAAUAAAGUUAUACUAUUUUUUUGAUGAAAUUAAUGUGUGUUUAGCUAAAGUCUUGAGUCCCGAUUAUAAUUGAUUUAAAUUGCUAUUCUCAGGAUAACACUGGUAGAUGUCAUCUUAUACUCCUUUUCCUGAGACUCUUUGAUUUACCAGUAUAGCAGAAAUAUAGCCAGAAAUAUCAGACCGAGCCACAGAGAAGUAACAUGACUCAUAACAGAGGGAAGAAGAAAGAUGUUGCAUUUAGAGAUAUUGAUGGCGUGGAGGGUGUGAGUAAGGACAGGAGAAAAAUAAAUACUGUUCAUGUUUGA